AUGUUAGCUUUCUUUCAACGCAUCCUCGAUUGGAUUCGAAGUCUUUUCUGGAAAGAAGAAAUGGAGCUGACGUUAGUUGGUCUUCAGUAUUCAGGAAAAACCACGUUUGUCAACGUGAUUGCCUCCGGUCAAUUUGUUGAAGAUAUGAUACCUACUGUAGGUUUUAAUCUGCGUAAAGUUACGAAAGGAAAUGUGACAAUAAAGAUGUGGGACAUUGGCGGACAACCUCGCUUCAGAAGUAUGUGGGAACGUUACUGUAGAGGAGUAAAUGCUAUCAUAUAUAUGGUAGACGCUGCUGACCAUGAAAAGUUGGAGGCUUCACGCAAUGAACUUCACAGUUUGCUGGACAAACCUCAGUUGCUUGGCAUUCCGGUACUGGUACUGGGUAAUAAAAAAGACUUACCAAAUGCUCUUGCUGAACACGAGCUCAUUACGGCACUCAAUUUAGGAGCAAUUACAGACCGCGAAAUAUGCUGCUAUUCCAUUUCAUGCAAGGAACAAGAAAAUAUAGAUAUCACACUUCAAUGGCUAAUCAAACACUCUAAAACCAAUCGAUAA